GUUGAAAGGCACCGCGGAAAAAAUUAUUAAGGUAGAGAGCCGCUGCGCCAGGAAAGCGGUUCCCGCGAGGUAUCAAACUUUUUCUCGUUUUCGCCGCUCCGCUGAUUGGCGGCUUUGGCAACAGGCACUUGGGGCUGCUCGCCUGACAAACGAAGCUGUAUAGCUGGCAGCGAGAGGCAAAUUUGUAUGCAUAAAAAAGAAAAAAAAAAUACAAAAAAAUAUGCAAAAAUAUAUGCAAAAAAAUAUACAGAAAAAAAAUACAAAAAAAUAGAAAAUAAACGCAAAACAAAUACGCAAUUAUAAAUGCGCAACUUACAUCCUCCAACUUGCAACAGUUGAUGAGAAGAAGCUUUUUUGCCGGCAGGCGGAUGUAGCUGCAAGUACCCCGUAUGCGCGUUCAACCUGAUAUGGAAUAAAUUCCGAACAGAAGGAAAAGAUACCCGAAGCGACCAUACGAGGGAACCAAAAGGAGGCAGGCGGCGAAGGGCGCGGACGAAUCAUCCUCCUCUCCAUAGGCCACAUCAUGUUUCUCCCCAAAGUAGGCGAUCACCAACAUGGAUCUUCAUGAUAAGCGAAACGGGGAGAAGCACCAUCUUAGUAGUGGGGCCCUGGAGGAGGUUGGCCAAGUGGCAAGCGAAAAGGGUAGUACAAAUAAAAGGACGUAUAUGAAGUACCACGAGGGGGAGGAUUACAGUGAAGGGGAAAAAGAAGACGGAAGAGGAGUUCCUCACAGAGGGAACAGAAGACCGAGCAGAACUUCUCGUAGUACUGACGACGAUGCAGUGGAGAGGGGGGAGGCAGACCAGCUAGCGAAAAGCAAAAAAAAGGCAAAAGCUGUUAAUGAAUUAUCAUCCCAUGCGUUAUCCCCCAGUGGUGGAGCGAACAACCCUGUCAGUGAUGCUGAUGACCAAGACAGCCACGAUGGGGGUGGUCAUCAAAGGGAAGGAAACAAAUGGCAAAACGAAAGAGGGGAUCACCACCACGCGAGUGAGAAAAGAACAUAUCAUAUGCGUAAGGUGGUACCCUACCCCUCCUAUACAGAUACCACCUCCCCCGGGGGGAAACGUAACCUUCUCAGUAACAGCAUUCCGAGCAGCGCAAGCCUCAAAAAGGGAAGUGCCGCACAGGAGGAUGAAUCCACGGCCGAUGAGCAUAGCCCCAAAAAUAAGGGUAGCAAAAUUUAUAAAUUAAAAAGUAAAAGAGGGAGUUCCUCCUUUAUGUGCCAUCCGGAUGGAAGGCGGAGGAGGGUGUCUCCCACGAGGAGAAGCAGCAUCUCCCAGUCCAGUGUGGGCACAUCGGAAAGGAGUUUUCAGGGUGGGAGGCAUGCCAAGGAGGGAAGGGGGAGGUGCCAGCGGGAGGCCAGUCACCGUAGUGAUAGAAGUGGUAGAAGUGAUGGAAGUUAUAAACAUGGCAAACGGGACAAACGGGACAGACGCGAUAAACGGGACAAACACAGCAGACGCAGGAGAAGUGAGUCCGAAGAGCCGCGCUUCACCAGCUCUACUCACCUCAAAAAGGGAGAGCUGCCAAGGAGGAGAGCAGGCACCCGCCGUGAUGUCAGCUCGGACGGGAGUUGCAGAAGCUCAGGUGAGAGCAGCGACAAUGGUAGGCACCGUAAAACAGCAAUCACAGAGAGAGACAAUGAAAGGAGUGAUGGAUCUAGUAGAGGCCACUCCCCUGUUGUAAAGAAGGAUUACCAUCACCACGCAGGGAGGAAGAGACACAGAAGAAGCUACGACGACGCGUCUCCCUAUGAGCAGAAGUAUCCCACGCAGGAAGCCAAACGGGGGGAACGCACUCCACAUGAUUACAUGGUUGGGGGGAGAGGAAGACCGCAUGGAGCACACCUGUCCGAUGAGUCAGUGCGUAGGGAGGACGAAAGCUCGAGCGAGUACAGACGGGAGGCAGCGUCGAGCAAAACUGAAAGGAAUAAAAUCCGCCAGAGGGGAAGAAGCGCUAGUAGAAGGAGUGCCAGUAGAAGGAGUGCCAGUAGAAGGAGUGCCAGUAGAAGGAGUGCCAGCAGAAGAAGCGCUAUUAGUAGAAGCGCUAGUAGAAGAAGCAGGAGCGCGGAGAGGCACCCCUACAGCAGGCGAAAAAGGCAUUACCGCCUUCCUGCUGAGGAGGAUUCGCCAAACAUAUAUAGGAAGAAAUACCAAAGCGGGAAGGAGAGGCAGGACUGGCAUAAAGACGGAGGGUAUUAUUAUCGCGGGGAGGGAGAGUAUGAGAAGGACCUGCCUCCGAAAGGGAAUCACCGCGGGGAGGGACCAUCUCGGGGAGGAAGCGCAAAGCUCAGUGACUAUAGGGAAGACCCCAAUUUGCAGAGAAGAACAAAAGAGUAUCCUCAAAGUAGGGAGUGGAGAGAAAGGCCCUUAAACCCCCACAGAGAUGAAGGGAACGAAUCCGCCACCGAGGGGGAGGAACAAAAAACGAAUUACCAUAAUUAUGGCCGAGAGAAGGGGCAGCGAAGUGGAAGGAAUGACCUUCACCAGAACCAUCACUCGAGUAGAAAACGGGAUCGUAGCGAAAUGGACGAUGAGGCUGCCACAUAUGAGCAAGCUGACCAAGGGAGGCACUACUACCCACCUGGGGAAGCAUACCAUGCAAGGGGAAGGAACCCUAAUAAGCGGUUGAACACAUAUAAGGGAGAUUCCGAUGAUGAAGAGAAGGAGGCAUUCAAGCCGCGCCCUGAUCAGCGUCUCCCCCAUCGGUUCGAAAGAGACUGGCAUGCAAACAGACGUAAUGAGCACCCCCGUAGGAAUGGAAGCUGCGAGAAGAAUGGCGACGUUGGGAGUGACCUUUCCGUGAACGAGUUAAACUUCGGAAGGAUGAAAAGAAAGGAAGUCGCCGAGUAUGUUCAAGUGGGUGGCAGCGUGGAGAUCGAGUUACUGUCCGAUGCGGAUUUUACCAACUGGGCGAGCGACCAUUCUGGGGGAGAGGCGGGAGGAGAGGCCGCAAAUGGGGGAGUGGAGGUAGAAGGAGAUCAUCGCAACGGAAACCACACUCGCAUCAAUUUUAGGAACUGCCACCUGCGGAAGUUCGUUCUGUGUGGCGACCAGCUGCGCAUGGGGAAGUUGCCCCCCACGAAGAAAAGGAGCGUGAGUGUCUGCUCCUCGGACGGAAACGCGUAUAGUCAUAAUAAGUAUGCACCCCCCACUCGUAUUGCUAACUACAAGCAGAGUGAAUACAGGCAGGAAAAAAAUCCCGCCACUUCCCCUGUGGGCAAUAAAUAUUGUGAUGUUCCCCUCGAAAAAAGAAGAGGCUCACACAGUGAUCGAUCGGAAUCGCCUGACUCGUUCGGGCGAAGUGGCUACAUGAGUGGUAAAAAUUCCGGUACCAAAAAUGACUCCACGAUUGAGAGGCGCAAACAGGUUCCCAGUGUGGAGGGAGAAGCGAAUAGGCGUCUCUCCCGUUCGGCUUCUCCAGUGCGUGACGCUCUUGUGGAAAGGGAGAGCGGCCGUGAGGGGGAGUUCCCGGGGGGGGCCAGAAGGGGUGAAGACGGAAGCAAAUUCAUAGGUGGUCAUCAGGUGGACCACAAUGAAAGGAUUCGCGGUAGCAGCAGGGGAAGCAGCCGAGGUAGAAGCCGCGGAAGCAGCCGCGGAAGCACGUUUGGCGCGCCUCACAACGCACAUGGUGAUGGUCAAACCCAGGAAAUGAUCCCCCCUCCCAGGAUUAGCGACCACGGGGGAGUUAAUCAAAUUGAGGGGGAAAAGGAUAAGGCGCAUUCGCACGGAGAGAAUCAUGAGAGGCGCACUCCCCAGCAUUGUGCAGAUGCACACAGUGGUAUAAAGGCAAAGGGGGAAGAAAACCAUCGUGCGGAUGGAAAAAACGAUGGUGACGAUACCCUCAUCACAGAAAAGGAAGAAGGGAACCGAGCAGGUGCAAAAGUGAAAGUGGCAACAACAACCCCCACCUGGGUGAAUGUACCCGAAUGGGGGACCAUACCAAAUUACAUAAAUGAGAUUAUAAAAAAUAUGAACAAUUCAUACGAAAUAAAUGAACCUAUCGACGUGCUGAAUUUGAAGGCAGGCAAAUCCUUUCGUGUUCCUGAGCUACUCCAUUUAGUUAAGGAGAUGACGAGCACCAAGAGUUUUUUGGAUUUUCUUGAAAGGAGAAAGGAAGCCCAAAAGAAAUGGAAGAUGGUCGCCCGAAAUAUUAUGCACGAGGAGUUUAAACUUUUGAGCGACUCGAUAAGUCGCGAUGUGCUGGACGCGAAAAUAAAGUUCCUCACCAGUUCGCUCAGAUCUCUGUAG